CUUGAUUCCAACCCAUCCCUGUUCCUCGACGAAAUCCAAGAGCAGCUGCUUGAAGCACAGAAUGUCGAAGUCUCGAUUGCCACACUCUCGCGCAGCCUUCGUCGACUCGCAGUCACACACAAACGGACAUCAAAGGCAGCCACAGAGCGAAACGAGUUGCUGCGUGCAACAUGGCUGGCAGAAUAUCGGCACUUACCAAAGGAGUAUUUUGUACGGAUUGAUAAGUCUGGAGUUGAUAAUCGGACGAACCAGAGACGAUAUUGA